AUGAGCAAAAGGAGACAAAGCAUCAAAUCAGGUAAAACCAACUUCAAUGAUCCUUUCUCAAAAUCGGAAUCCUCGAGUUCUUUUAUCUUUCAUUCAGCUGCCACAAAGGAGGCCGAUAAUGACAAUGGAUUGAACUCUACUGCAAGAAAUUCAGCUUGGUUUAUUGGGUAUCAUGGAUCUGAUGAUGAGGGCGGGUGGGAAUUCUUGGAUGCCUACUCAGAGUCCAAGUUAGCGCAAAAUGGGAAGGAUAAUAAGGAAAGGAGUGCACCUUGA